AUUGGAAGCCGCCACAGUCACUGACUCUGGAAGUCAACCCGUGUUCUAUCAGGUGGAUCUGAUUCUGCUGAAACUCGACCUGCUGCUAAUGAAUCACUGUGGGCCUGUUGGGGGGGAUUCCCUGAGCCGUCGGGACGUGAAGACCCGUUUACACAACCUGACAUUUACACUACACACAUCUCUGUACAAUUACUUCUGUUAGUGAAGAUGAUUAAUAAAAUUAUACUUGAUUUAUACAAUAAUAUUUAUUAUUAUAUUUGAGUUUUUUUUUCUUAAAAUAUCAAACAAACACAAAGUUACGACAAAGGACAGAACCAGCCACACACACACAGUUACACACUCACACACACACAGUGAACAGCCUCUCUCUCUGGUCCGUCCUCUGUGACAUUUAGGCAGAUAUAUAAACCACCGCUGACGCUCUGAGGCUCAGAACCAGAAGAAUCCUGAAGACCUGAACCAGCACCUGUCUGACCAGCACCUGUCUGACCAGCACCUGUCUGACCAGCACUGACCCGGGACCUGUCUGACCAGCACCUGUCUGACCAGCACUGACCUGGGACCUGUCUGACCAGCACCUGUCUGACCAGCACUGACCCGGGACCUGUCUGACCUCCCAGCAUCAUGUCCAUACGGAGCGUCGUCCUUGUGUUGUCUCUGUUCGUCCUGCUGGUGGACGGAGACCUCGACUCCAACGAUGUCGGAAUACACGCCAUGUCCACAGACAAAGAUUCUACGUCUGAUGAAGCUCCCACACAGAGUAUGAACGCCAUCUCUCCUGAUCAGCCCGAUGAAGCUCAGUAUGUGGGAGGAGGACCUUCAGACGCCAGCAGCUCUAGCACAGAAACAGCAGACGCUCCAGCAGCCAAUCAGAUGACAGCGCCUGAAGCUGCCACAGCUGCUACAAACAGCAUGGAGGACACAGACGACGGCAAAAGUUCAGAGUCGGAGGAGAGAGGGAGGAAAAGGUUCAGCUCUCGCUCGGCCAAAUCUCAGAGCGCCCCCAAAUCACAACAGCCCCACCCGCACGUCGACCAGAACCCCGCCCUUCUUCCCAUCAGCCCCGCCCUUAUUCCCAUCAGCCCCGCCCUUCUUCCCAUCAGCCCCGCCCGUGUCAUCCUAAGCCCCGCCCUCCCGCCUCAGCCAAUCAUUCCUCAGCCCAAAGCUCUGGUGAGGAAUCGAACAUCUAAGAGGAGAUCCAGGACCAACCGCCGCCAGAUUUAAAACCCAACCCAGUAACACACAGUAACACAAACACAACAUAAACACACACAGUAACACAGAUCGUGAAACCCACAACCUAAACACACACAGUUACACAUCCAACUCGAACACACACAAACAAAAAAAUGUGUAGAUAAACACCUGGGACACACUUCCUGCUUCGCGUGGGUCAAACUUCCUGGUUUCAUUUUGCCGCUGGGUCGACAGAUCGCAGUGACCUCACUUCUUCUGAUAAUUUUUACUUGGUUAAAACGUCAAAUUACAUUUAUACUGAGCCAUCACACCGAGCCAUCUGAUUGGUCAACUUAUCUGUCAUCUGAUUGGUUGACCAGAACGAUUACAGGUAUCCAGAAGUGGUUUUCAAACCUCCUUUACUAGGACAGAAUGUUGAGACCUCUUUGCCUCUCGAACAACAAAUGAGAAAUUGGAUUUGAAUUUGAGACAGUACUUUUAUUCUGACAGUUUCUGAAACCAAAGCUGAAAUUUAAUAAUCAAGAAAAAUGAUUUUCAAUCAAAGAUCUUUUUAAUAGUUUUUAAGUUGCUGCCCCUCUCAGCCCCUGGACUCCUGCAGACCUCAGAGUGUUACAUCUCUUCACUUCAUCUGUUUAUUGUGUUUUACUUUCUUCAUUCAUAUCUUCUGUAGCUGGAACAUUUCAUCAACUCAUGUUCACGUGUUCUGUUCUUCUUUUGUUGUAUUUUAAUAAAC